AUGGGAUCGUUUUCCAAUGACAUGUUUGCCUUCCAAUUUUCGUACGGAGUGCAGUUCAGCAAACUUCAUAAGCUAUGGGAAGGAAAUCAGCCGCUUGGAAAUCUCAAGUGGAUGUAUUUGAAUCAUUCCAAAAACCUAAAGGAGCUACCUGAUCUCACAACUGCCACUAAACUUGAAGAAUUAUUUCUCGUUGAAUGCUCUAGUUUAGUGGAGUUCCCCUCUUCCAUUGGGAGUGCUGUUAAACUCCAAAGAUUGUAUCUUAGUGAUUGCUCAAGAUUGGUGGAGCUGCCCUCCAGUAUUGGGAAUGCCAUUAAUCUCGUAUGGUUGAAUCUCAUUGGCUGUUCAAGUCUGGUAAAACUCCCAUCAUCAAUUGGAAAUGCCACUAAUCUCCAGGGAUUAUAUCUUGAUAUGUGCACUGGUCUGGUGGAGCUACCCUCCUCUAUUGGAAACCUUCAUAAAUUGCAAACGUUGACUUUAUUAGGAUGCUCAAAGUUAGAAGCUCUUCCUACCAAUAUCAACUUGAAAUCUCUUGAUACACUUGAUCUCACUGGUUGCUUGUUGUUGAAAUUUUUUCCAGAGAUCUCCACGAACAUUAUGGAUCUUAGGCUCAUGAGAAGUGCAAUAAAAAAAGUGCCUUCGUCGAUCAAGUUGUGGUCUCGUCUUCUUGACUUGGAAAUGUCAUACAAUGAAAAUCUUAAGGAUUAUCCGCAUGCUCUAGAAAGGGUUACAGAGCUUCAUUUGAGCGAUACAAAGAUACAAAAACUUCCUUCAUGGGUUAGCAGUUUCACUCGUCUAGAUCGCCUUGUGCUCAAGGAAUGUAAGAAGGUGGUGUCACUCCCACAACUUUCAGAUUCCUUGUCAUACCUAAAAGCAGUAAAUUGUGAGUCACUAGAAAGACUCGAUUGCUCAUUUCACAAUCCAAAUAUUCGUCUAUACUUUGUUAACUGCUUCAAACUGAAUAAAGAAGCGAGGGAACUCAUCAUCCGGACAAGUACUAACCGUGUCGUCUUACCUGGUGGAGAAGUGCCCGCGCACUUCACUUACCGAACUACUAGUGGAAGUUCCUUGACAAUCAGGUUGAAUGAGAGGCAUCUUCCUACAUCCAUGAGAUUUAAGGCGUGCAUCUUGCUGUUUGAUAAAAGUGUCAAGGAGAAGAAGGUGGAAGAGGUGUAUGAUAGAAAAGCUAUGAAGGUAUCGUACCGCAUCAUGGAUCGUGGCUUCAGUUUUCCUUGCAGACCUACACACCACUAUCUGGCUCCCCCUUUAAAAGAGCACUUGUACACCUUUGAAUUUGAAGUGGACGUGACAUCCAAUGAGCUUUUCUUUGAUUUCCAAGUCGAUAGGAAUGAAGCGGUAAUAAAAGAAUGUGGGGUACAACUCCAACUCUAA